CUUAAGUUCGACUUGGAUAAUCCCCAAGACAAUAUGACGUUGAUAUUGAAUCCAAACUCAUGGUUGCAGAUGGCUAGUAUCAUCUUCUUGGAUAUACCUGCUGGCUCUGGAUAUUCAUACGCUGAUACACAAGAAGGGUGGAUUAGCAGUGAUACAGUUCUAGCUGCCCAAGCUAAUGAUUUUUUAAAAAAGUUUCUUAUCGACCAUCCAAAGUUUUUGAAGAACCCGCUCUAUGUAGCUGGGAUUUCUUAUAUUGGCAUUGCCAUUCCCAAAAUCACUUUAGAAAUAUACGAAGGCAAUGAGCGUGGGGAUCAUCCACCGAUGAAUAUUCAAGGGUACAUUCUUAUGAGUCCUCUCACCAACAAGUUCAACGACUUCAAUUCAAGGCUCGAAUACGCUCAUCGUAUGGCACUGAUAUCAGACGACAUUUAUAAGUCAGCUAUAGAAAAUUGUCAUGGUAAUUAUGUAAACGUUGAUACGCUCAACACAUUAUGCGCAAAUAGUCUUCAACGAUAUGAACAGUGUACAUGUCGUAUUACACUCGAUUACAUUUUGGAACCGUUUUGCGAUGAAAACGAUCCAUUAUCAGAUUGUCAAGAUGCUUUUACCAAGGUUGUAGAGAUUUGGGCGAACACCGAAGUUGUACAACAAGCUCUCAACGUUCGUCAAGGAAAAAUUGGAAAAUGGGAGUUGCUCAACGAUACCCUUCAUUAUAAGCAAGGAAAGAACGACACGGAGUGUUAUGCUUAUGAUAUCUUCAGUAGUUUUCCCUAUCAUAAGAAACUUUCUAGUAAAAAUUGUCGAGCAUUGAUCUUGAGUGGCGACCAUGAUAUGACAUUUCCAUAUGUUGGCAUUGAGCAAUGGAUAACUUCUCUCGAUAUCGAAAUUGAAAUCCCAUGGCACCCGUUCUAUGUUGAUGGUCAAGUCGGAGGAUACCAGAUGAAAUAUGCACAAAAUGAUUAUUCAUUGACAUUUACUACAGUUAAGGGCGCUGGACAUUUGGUGCCAUAUUACAAGCCUAAAGAAACUAUUGUGGCUACAAAGACGUGGUUAUCGUCACCAACUUAUUCGAGCGAUUCUUAAAUAAGCGGAGAUGGACCAUUAUGUGAACAUGCAUCAUGGAAUAUAUAAUCGAACAAAAGAGCGUAUAUAUAAUUUCGAUUAAUCAUUCAGGUGUUACUUCGUGACUAGCUGAUACGAAACUCCUACUAUGCUGUCUAAACUUCAACUCAAUAAUUAAAGAAACUCUAUAAGGGUCUCAAAGUUACCCCUUUGUUGCU